UGGCGGGACCCUGAGGGCUUUACCAGCAACUACCCCAGUGUUGUGGAGGGUUCUGCUGCUUCGGAAGCUCGUAAGGCCGGAGCUCUACUCUUCUCCAAAAGAAGAGCCCAGAGAAGGUCCUUUUCUACAAAUAUCAGAGCCAUGGCUCAGGAGUCAGUGAUGUUCAGUGAUGUGUCCAUAGACUUCUCUCAGGAGGAGUGGGAAUGCCUGAAUGAUGAUCAGAGAGAUUUAUACAGAGAUGUGAUGUUGGAGAAUUACAGCAACCUGGUUUCAAUGGGGCAUUCUAUUUCUAAACCAAAUGUGAUCUCCUACUUGGAGCAAGGGAAGGAGCCCUGGUUGGUUGACAGAGAGCUAACAAGAGGCCAGUGGCCAGUCCUGGAAUCAAGAUGUGAGACCAAGAAAUUAUUUCUGAAGAAAGAAAUUUAUGAAAUAGAAUCAACCCAGUGGGAAAUAAUGGAAAAACUCACAAGACAUGAUUUUCAGUGCUCUAGUUUCAGAGAUGAUUGGGAUAUCCAGUUUGAGAAACAACUCAGCUCUCAGGGGGGACAUUUCAAUCAAUUGGUAUUCACUCAUGAAGAUCUGCCCACUUUGAGUCAGCAUCCAUCCUUUACAUUACAGCAAAUCAUUAAUAGUAAAAAGAAAUUCUGUGCAUCUAAAGAAUAUAGGAAAACCUUUAGACAUGGCUCACAGUUUGCUACACAUGAGAUAAUUCAUACCAUUGAGAAGCCCUAUGAAUGUAAGGAAUGUGGAAAGUCCUUUAGACAUCCCUCAAGACUCGCUCAUCAUCAGAAAAUUCAUACUGGCAAGAAACCCUUUGAAUGUAAGGAAUGUGGAAAAACCUUUAUUUGUGGCUCAGACCUUACACGACAUCACAGAAUUCACACUGGUGAGAAACCCUAUGAAUGUAAGGAAUGUGGGAAGGCCUUUAGUAGUGGUUCCAACUUCACUCGACAUCAGAGAAUUCACACGGGUGAGAAGCCUUAUGAAUGCAAAGAAUGCGGGAAGGCCUUUAGUAGUGGCUCAAACUUUACUCAACAUCAGAGAAUUCAUACUGGGGAAAAACCCUAUGAAUGUAAGGAAUGUGGCAAUGCCUUUAGUCAGAGCUCACAACUUAUUAAACAUCAAAGAAUCCAUACAGGUGAGAAACCUUAUGAAUGUAAGGAAUGUGAAAAGGCUUUUCGUUCUGGCUCAGACCUUACUAGACAUCAGAGAAUUCAUACUGGUGAGAAACCCUAUGAAUGUAAGAUCUGUGGGAAGGCUUAUUCUCAGAGUUCACAGCUUAUUAGUCAUCAUAGAAUUCAUACUAGUGAGAAACCCUAUGAAUAUAGGGAAUGUGGAAAGAACUUUAAUUAUAACCCACAACUUAUUCAGCAUCAAAAUUUGUACUGGUGAUGAGCCAGAAUAUAUGAAAUGUGUAGGGAGGCUUUUAAUUAUGGCUCAAAACAGAAUUUAUCUUGUUAAUAAUUUCCCUAGAUGGAAUAAUGUAGAAACAUUGUAUUUGUGGACUACAGCUUAUUCAGCCUGGGAAAAAUAAUGUUGGAGAAACACCCUAUGAUAGAAUAUAUUUUGAAAACCUUAACUAAAUGCUCACUUCUCUUGACAUCAGAUAGUUCAGUCUGUCGUACUGCAAAUGACAGCACUUUUAACACCUUUCUAACCUUCUUAAACAUCAGAGAAUUUUUGUAGAAAUGUAGUUCUGUGGUUUUCAUUUUUUCCUGUAAUUUGUCUAACUGUUACAUUCUUAAAAAUACCUUUAGUUCUGGAAGAAAUCACCUCUUUAUUUCUGAAGAUGGCUUAUUCUUUUCGUUCUUUAUAGCAUUAAGGCUUUCUUACUGUAAAAGUGUUCAUGAACAACAUUUUACUUAAUAGAGAUCCUUCAGUAUCUUCAUGGUGUUUUGUUGUGUUACUGUAAUAUCACUUAGGAAAUCCUACUGGUGGAUAUCAUAGUCUCCUCUAGAUAUUUUGCCAUAAUACGUGCCAAAAUACAAGUCCCUGAUGGACAUUCUCCGUAAGCGCAUAUUCAUAUCAUAUCGUUUAACUGCAGAAAUAAUGUGUGAAUAUAUUUUCCUUAUAAAAGAUGCAAACAUUACAAAAAGGCAAAUGUACCCUUUGACCAUUGUCUUGUGUCCAUUCCCUUCCCAAAGUAUAGUCUUUAUCAGCUUAUUGUUUAUUGUUGAUCACUUUUCUGUUUAUAUAUACAUGUGUGUCUCAGUAAACAUUAGAAAAUGGGGGAUAAUUAUAAUACCUACCUCAUAAUGCUUUGUGAGGGUUAAAUAAAUUAAGACCCGUAAAGUGCUUAGCAUUGUGCCUGACAUGAUAAAUGCAUACUCACUGAAUGUUA